UUAUUUUAUGUUUACGUGCCAGUUCUUCUCUUGUCGUUGGCGUUUCCUUUUUGUUGUUUUUACGUCUUCAUCCUUCUUCUCUUCUCCUCUUCCCUUCUGGUUCCCUUUGUCAUCGUCAUGUCUUCUUCUUCUCCUGUUUCUGGUGGUUCUGACUUCUUCUUCUUUUGAUUUUUCUUCUGCGCUUGUUCUUAUUAUGAUUUUCUUAUUUCAUCGAGCUGGUGCUGCUUCUUUUUCUUUUCUGACCAUUCUUCUUCUUUCCUGAUUUCUUCUUAUUCUCAUAUUCGUCGAUUUUAGUGUGCAAUCAUUGCAUCUAUCUGACGACCGUCAUUGCACCGAUACAGUGGUGGGAGAGGAGAGCAAAUCGUUUUUCUCUACACUCAAUUAGGUUGGGCGGGAAAUAACUGGACACUGUAGCGAAAACAAGCACGAAAAUACAAACCAACGCUGCCAGAAACCAGCUAUAACUAUCAACACAAAUUCUACUUUGCCAAGGAACAAAUGAGUGACUGUCGGAUCUUUAGCAGUCAUCAGCGAUGUUGCAGCGAGUCUAGGAAGAUCUCAAUAGGGGUGUUGGUUGAUGCUAUUUCCGAGGAACAAAACAAAGAUAUCAAGGAUGCAGAGUUGCUAACCGCAGAAAAUAGAAGUCCUAGCGAAGAAAAUGCUGUAAAAAAUCAUGAUGAACCUACUUGCCUUUUGAAAAAGAAUUUCGCAGCUACACGGGAAUGUGCCUCUCCAUGGCUUUCCGCUACAUGUUUCAACCCAACAGCACCUUCUUCAGUUCCAGUUCGAGUUCACGUUGCAGAACAAUCUCCAAGUUCUUUCGCCACCUGCAGAGUGCCCAGCGUAAAGCUCCUAGAGAAACCAUCUGCAGCCAACUCUGGUGGAAAAACUGGUUUAGAAUCUGAUGAAUGUGGACAGAAAUUAUUUCGCAAAACCACUCAAUUUGUGGAUGCAAGGAAGCUUAGUCAUGAGGAGCAUGUGAAGACUACUGUGUUUACAAAUAAAACUGAGGUUGUACUAGAGAAUGAACAGGUGCAGGAUAAAGAUAGGAAAGCAGAAACUGUGGGCACAGAAACUUUGAGAAUGGAACUCUGGAAGAUCUUGGAAAAUGUUUCACCAAACAAUCAAAGUGUAAAUCCUCAGACAGCCAAGUUGCACUCAGAUGAAGACUGGUGUUGGAAGACUAGCAACAUGGAGCAUGCAAAGACUACUGUGUUUGCAAAUGGACCUGGGGUUGUGCUAAAAAGUGAACAGGUGCAGGAUAAAGAUAGGAAACCAGAAACUGUGGGCACCAAAAAUUUGAGAACGGGACUCUGGAAGAUCUUGGGAAACUUUUCACCAAACAAGCAAAGUGUCAAUCCUCAGACUGCGAAGUUGCAUUCCGAUGAAGACUGGUGUUGGGAACACAGUCCUGUUGGAGAAAGAAACUCUAACUCUGAAAAAAUUGAAGAUGAUUACAAAAACCAUACUUCUGGAAGACCAAUGAUAUAUUCCCCGAACAAGAAGAAGAAAACUUUCACCAGAAACCAUGGAAACAAAAUUAAAGCUAAAAAGCCUACAUGCCACAGAAAAGUGUUUCCGCAAAAGAGAUUAUUGUCAUUUAAAGAUGAUUGGUCUGGAAGAUUAUAUGACAAUUUCAUUGAAGGCUCUUUGACUUCUAAGAGAAACAGGAUUGGAAGACAGAGUUCUGGAUUGGAGAUUCAUCACAGUGUUAAUAGCAAAAUUGUGGAAGAGAAACAACUGUCGGAAAGCAAGACGGCUGUUGAGAAAUCCAUGGUGCAGAGAAAUGAAUUUGUCAAUGCUGAUGCUGCUUAUGAUCGAAGGUGUGAUCUAUUUGAAGUGCCCAACUUUGGUUCUGAAAAAGACUAUUCUAUUGAGUCUCCACAGAUAGGGGUAAUUGAGCAACAGAAAGAUGUUGAGCAGCGGGUGGAUGCUGAAAUUUCAAACUCGAAGGAUCAGCAGUCAACUUCUUUGUUGAAGAACAGGGGAAGUUGUGUGCAAGAUUCAUUGACCUCUAAAUUUCAAAUUAUAUCCCCCAAAUGUUUACCAGAAAGUAAGCAAGAACAGCUCCAUGGACUUAGUUUUGCCAAAAGUAUAUAUAUUACGCAAGGAAUCCAAAGCUUCAAAAGUUUGAGUUCAAAAGCAGCCAAAGGAAAAGCAAACAUUCAACUGGAAUUAUCUGAUGGUAGGUGUGAAUUAAAUGAAAGUCUCCAUACUAAGCCAAGAUGUAUCAUGGAAGGCAACAGUGAAAAUCUGAUGUGCAGAUCAUCUACCAAUCUGAUGGAUAAUGAGAACAUAGAAGAUGAUUCUAAUAUGCAAGAUGCCACAGAAUCAGAGCAGUUAUCUCCUGAAGUAUGUAUGCAGAAUUUUCUACAUGGUACCACCAAAAAAAUUGGCGAGCAAAAAGAUGCUGAAAUGACUGGAUGUAUUCCAGAGUCAGAGUCAUUCAAAGACAAAUGGGCAGCAGCUAGUGAUGGUAAUGAUCUUCAGUUUCACAUGCAACAAAUUCAUGAGGAUGGCCUUGCUAGUGCUGUAGCUCUAUUUAAUGUGGCUUUAUGUCAUAUUAAAACGAAACUGAAGUCAAUGAGAAACAAAAGUUCUGCUGAGAUUUUGUGUGCUGCUGCUGAGGAAAUACUUUUGAUACUUCAGAAUGCUGAAUCCCAGGUCAAAAUAGAUGUGGCAAAGCUGACCAAUUUUAGUCAGUCCAAGAGGAAGCAGCUUGACAAUAGAUUCGAAGAGCAACAAGAAUGGUUGCUUGGAAUAUACAAAAGUUUCAAGGAUGAGGUUGACCGGCAUAUUAAGCAUUACAAUGACAUAAUUGAGGAUACAGAAGAACAUGUAAUUGAGCUUAAACAAACUGUGGAAAAACAAAGAGCUGCACACAGAAUUCUGAUGUCACAAGUGGAGCAAGAAAUUAAGGUUGAACUCGAAGAUGCUGAAAGCAGAGUCAUGGCUGUUCGGGAAUUGGCUGAGGAGAAGAUGCUUCAAUUGAGACUUGCGGUAGCAGAGUCAGUAAGCGGUGAUGCUUUUGGCUGAAAAGAGUUUUAACAUUUGCUGGGUGUGAUCUCUUCUUUGUAAUGUUUUCACUACUAAGAAUUUUCUGAAGAGAGGUGUUUGAAACAAGGGGUGAUACAGUUUUGAUUUGAGAACAUAGAAUUAGCUGGAUGGUGAAUUGUGUGCGUUGUGUGAACCUUAGCCAGUUUGCUUUUUGUGCGGUCAAGUACACAACAUGGGCAGGCAUAGCAAAGCAAAUCUACUUUAACAACCAUGGCGUCGCAUUAAUAUGUUAGUGCAUAGCCAAAAUAGGGAAUAUCUUAAUGAAUGCAUGCACACGCACAUACAUCUU